AUGGCCCUUUACUUAGCUCUCCUCUUCUUCUUGCUAUCAAAUUUUACUCUUUUUUCAAGCCAUGGCAAGCUUCUCCCAGUGGUCAAUGAUCAAGGAGGCAAUCCUGGCCAGACGCAAACCUACAUCGUUCAUGUAGUAAACACCGAGGAAGCUGAGCUUCUCAGCGAUAUAGAUCUUGAAAGGUGGUACGAAUCCUUUCUACCUAACAACACUCUAGACUCGGGAGCACCUCGUUUGGUGUACUCGUAUCGACACGCAAUCAGCGGUUUUGCUGCGAGGCUAACUCCUACGGAAGUGAAGGCUAUGGAAGGUAAGGAAGGCUUCUUAUAUGCCCACCCUGACAAGCUCUAUCACCUUGAAACCACUUAUACCCCUGAGUUCUUGGGGUUGAGCAAGCCAUUCGGAGGAGCAUGGGAUGGCACCAUGUAUGGCGAAGGCAUCAUAAUUGGAAUUAUUGACACUGGAAUUUUUCCGAACCAUCCAUCUUUUAGCGACAAUCUAAUGCCUCCUCCACCUACUAAAUGGAAGGGUAAGUGUUAUUACCUCAGUUGCAAUAAUAAGAUCAUCGGUGCAAGAGCAUUCCGAAAUGGAACCAGUCCUUCCCCAUUAGACACAGCAGGGCAUGGGACCCACGUGGCAGGCACGGCUGCAGGCAAUUUCGUGGACGACGCUAACGUUCUUGGGACAGCCAAGGGUAAGGCCGCUGGAAUGGCACCUAAAGCUCACCUAGCUAUCUACAAAGUGUGCUUCGAGGAUGGCUGUCGGGGGCGUGAUACACUUAAAGCCAUAGAUCAGGCUAUCACGGAUGGAGUCGAUAUAAUCUCAAUGUCAAUUGGUGGUGCACAUAAUGCAACAUUCUAUUUUGAUUCAAUCGCACAAGGUUCACUAGCAGCAUUCAAGAAGGGAAUCUCCAAUUGUGCAUCCGCAGGCAAUAGUGGCCCUUUUAAAAAAUUCAUUGUCCCAUAG